CAGAUGCCAGGAGAAGGACAGCUGGCCCUUCUUGGGGGCGGAGUGGAGGCUGGGGGCAAGACUGGACACCCGGAUUUUCUUGGGAGGUAGGCGUUGGGACAGGACAGUUUUCACUUGGAGUUUGGGACAAGACCACAUCUCCUUGGAGAGUAAAAGUUAGGAUUCCCUCUUGAAGGGAAGAGUUUAGGAGCAGGAUACCUACCUAUGACCCGUUAAGGAGAGAGUAAAGGCUGAGGGCAGGACACCUAUGUCCCUCAAUUGGGGAGUGGAGGUUGGGAACAGGCCUCUUGGGUUGCCUUGGAGGUUAGAGGCUUGGGCCUAGACACCCAGGCCCUUUGGAGUCAGGAUUCCAAAAUCCCACUGAGUCUUAAAGGGAACUAAAGAGUGGUGACUAGGGGCAGGGCACUUAGUCUCCAAUGAUCUGAAGGCCCACCUUCCGGAGAACCCUAAAAGAAAGGCUCAGAGCUAUUACUUUGGCUCCUUGAGAAGGUGGGGAUCAGGGAAAGCCAGUAGUAGCCUGCCCAAAGCGGUAGGGGAACGGCACUGAGGAGAAAACAAGGGCAGAGGGAGCCACUUAAUCCCCAGCUUUGUCCCUUUUUUGCCAGCUUCUCAGGUGCCAAGAGGGCCAGCUGAAGGCCUACCAUGACUCUGUUCCACUUUGGAAAUUGCUUUGCCCUGGCCUAUUUCCCCUACUUCAUCACAUACAAGUGCAGUGGCCUGUCAGAAUAUAAUGCUUUCUGGAAAUGUGUCCAAGCAGGAGCCACCUAUCUCUUCGUGCAGCUAUGCAAGAUGCUGUUCCUAGCGACCUUCUUCCCCACGUGGGAAGGUGGAGUUGGUGUCUAUGAUUUCAUAGGGGUCCAUUACAUUGCAGUCUCUGCCCUAGUGUGGAUGUUCACUCGAUAUGAUCUACCUCGAAACUUCCGCCCUCCAUUGACUCUGCUUCUGGGAAUCAGUGUCUACAAAGCUUUUAUCUUGGAGGCUUUUGUCCACCUCUUCUCCCUGGGCAGCUGGACGGCGCUACUGGUCCGAGCAGUGAUGACUGGGGUCCUUGCCCUGAGCUCCCUCAGUCUCUUUGUCACUCUUGUGCAUGGCAACUAACGCCCUUCCCCAAUCUCUUCCAGGGAUGACCCCAACUCCUGGGCUUAGUCCCUCUAUUUAGAAUUAAAAGAGUUCUUAUGUUUUUUUUCCA